AUGACUGCACAUGAUAACAUUGGUAGCUCCAAUCCAUCUGCACCUAUUGGCAACAAUCAAUUUCCUUUGAUAGUAGAUGAAGAUAAUGCAACCCCGUCAUCACCUCUGUUGGAUAGGCCAAAAGAUGUCCAGCCUAACAAUGAGAUAAUUGAAGAAGAGGGGAAGUACAAUUCAAUUGUUUGGAAUCAUUUUAAGAGAAAGAGAGUUGAUGAGAAAGACAAGGCUAAGUGCAAUUAUUGUAAGAUAUUGCUAGUAAGGGGAUCCAAUUAUGGCAUUAAACAUUUGUAUGACCACGUGAAAAUAUGUCCAAGGAGAAAGUUUCAAGACAUUAGAGAUAUGAAUCAAAAAAGUUUGGUGAGGGAUCAAAAUAAAGUGGAUUCAAUGGUGGGUGUGAAUGCUUAUCAUUUUGAUCAAAAUGUAUCAAGAAAUAAACUUGCUCAUAUGAUCAUCUUGCAUGAGUAUCUCCUUUCUAGAGUUGACCACAUUGGUUUUAGAAAAUAUUCAAAUUCUCUUCAACCAUUGUUUAGGAUGGUUUCUAGGAAUGCAAUCAAGAAGGAUAUUUGGAGCAUCUAUGAGAAUGAAAGGGAGAAAUCAAAGCAUGAAAUUGAUAAGAAUCAAGGUAGAAUUUCUAUUACCAAUUAUAUGUGGACUUCACAAAACAAAAAGCGAGGGUUUACAGUUGUAAAAGCACACUUCAUUGAUGGUUUGUGGAGAUUACAAAGCCGAGUUAUGAGGUACUUUUUUUAA